AUGACAGUACUCGACACAGUCACGCUCUCUUCAUGCGGGUUGGCGGCACUCAUUCGUGAGGCUCCAGACACAACACUUAUUGUUGAUUGUAGAGGAUUCACAGAAUAUAACGAGUCUCAUGUACGUCACUCGAUGAACGCCUUCUUCUCAAAACUCAUCAGAAGGCGUCUGUUUGAAAACAAGCUUGACGACAACUGUCUAAUCCAUCAAUUGAUGAGCUGCUCGACUGGUUGCAUGAAAAUGGACGAAAAGCUUGAUUUAGUUUUAUACGCCGAAGAAGACAAGCCACGUGGCAACAAGAGGAGAAUCGCCUCGUGCAACGCUCCAGAAUCCACUGCCAAAAUCAUGCGAGUUCUUCGGGAACGACUGGAAGACACUGACAAAUUCAGAAGUGUCAUGGUUCUAGAAGUAUUCCCUUCUAAAAAAUUCGGACUAAAACUUCAAUUAAGAGAGAGAGGCGGGAAUAUAAUGAAAAACCACCUGUGGAGGGAUAGAAGUGACAAAAAAGAGUUUCUAUCUCCUCCUACUUCUCCUCCUCUAACCAGCAUCUCCCAACCAUGUCUAUCCCAACCAAGCGGUGAUGGAAUCACACUAAUCACACCAAAUAUCUACCUUGGAAGUCAAAUGGACUCUCUUGAUGAGACAAUGUUAAAGGCUCUUGAUAUCAGCGUCGUUAUCAACUUGUCAUUAACAUGCCCAAAAUCCGUUUGCAUCAAAGAAGAGAAGAACUUUAUGAGGAUUCCAGUCAAUGAUUCAUACCAGGAGAAGCUUUCACCUUAUUUCCCAAUGGCUUAUGAAUUCCUGGAGAGAUGCAGAAAAGCCGGAAAGAAAUGUCUGAUUCAUUGUCUUGCUGGAAUUUCUAGAAGCCCUACUCUGUGCAUCUCGUAUAUUAUGAGAUACAUGAAAUUGGGAAGCGAUGAUGCUUACAGAUACGUCAAAGAACGUCGUCCAUCAAUCUCACCAAACUUUAACUUCAUGGGACAACUUCUCGAGUACGAGAAUGUUCUUAUUAAGGAUCACGUUCUCCGCCACGAUCAGGCAUCUAGACCGCAUCGCCACAUUGAUUACUACGGGCCAUCGGAUCUUUGCCCGCCAAAAGUUCCAAAGAGUGCAUCGUCGCAUUGUGUCUUCCCUGGACCAGCAGACGAUUCCUCUUCUUCCCCUUCCCCAUCAUCCCCUUCCGUAUCUGAAGGAUCAGCAGCUAGCGAGCCGGAUCAACCAACAUCUUCCGAUGCAUCAGCCUCUACAAGUGAACCUGAAACAUCGGUGACAGUUAACCAGAAUGGAAAGCGAAAUAUGACAAUGGAUCUGGGCCUUCCCCAUCGGCCGAAAGCCCUCGGACUUCCUACAAGAAUCGGAGCAGCAGUUGUGGAGCUGCCGUCUCCAUCAACUGAACUUUCAAGAUUAAGCUUUGAUGCUCCAGAAACGAAUGUUCCAUCUACUCCAAUUCUUAACUUCACCAAUCCAUGUUUCACUUCUCCAAUUGUUCCGGUUGCUCCAAGCUCAAGGGAGAGUCUCUCAACACCAGCUGCGUCUUCAUCAUCUUCUUCAUCAGUUUCUUCUGAGCCAUCAUUUGAGUUCUCAUCAUUCGAAUCCUCAUCAUCUUCCUCAAUUGUCGUUGAGAACCCAUUUUUUGCUAAUGCAGAAAGCGCAGGACCAUCUUCAUCAUCAUCAUCCUCUGGAUACAUUUCUUCUGCAUCACUUCCAACAUCUGCAGCUGCCGCAACAGCUUCAAGAUGUAGAAUGAAGGGGUUCUUCAAAGUUUUCAACAAGAAGAUUCCAGCAGUGCCUGUCACUAUCCCUACUACCACAUCCUCCACUCCUGGACCUUCCCGAGCAACUCGUCCCGAAUGUCUCCGAUCAUCAGGCAUCAUCAUCUCUGCUCCAGUCCUUGCGACGACAGAAGAAGAGGACGCCGAGUCUCCAGAAUCUGGGUUUAACGAACCAGACGUUGUUGGAGAGGAUGACGAUUCGGUUUCGCUCUGUUCGACGAGUUCUCUGGAACUUCCGUGCCAAUAA